GGGGCUCAGUCAAACCGGAGGGGGGCUUUAAAUGUGGCUGCCUAUAGUCCUCUGUCUCUUCAACCAGCAGCCAGCACAGCGUGGCUCCCACACCUUCCCCUCUAUCCUACUGCUCUCACGUCGGACAUGGACCCCCAGGGCCUGCGAGAGGACCUCCGGAUGUUCCAGAGCACCCUCCUCCAGGACGGGCUGAAGGAGCUCCUGAACGAGAACAAGUUUGUGGACUGUGCCCUGAAGGUGGGCGACCGGAGCUUCCCCUGCCACCGGCUCAUCCUGGCCGCCUGCAGCCCCUACUUCAGGGAGCUCUUCUUCUCCGAAGAGGGCGCCGAGGAGGAGGCCGGGGAGAAGGAGGUGGUGCUGGAGGACGUGGACGCCGGCACCAUGGAGAUGAUCGUGAAGUACAUGUACUCGGCCGACAUCGACAUCAACGACGAGAACGUCCAGGACAUCCUGGCCGUGUCCCACCGGCUGCAGAUCCCCUCGGUGUUCACCGUGUGCGUGAACUACCUCCAGAAGAGGCUGAACCUGAAGAACUGCCUGGCGGUGUUCCGGCUGGCCCUGCUGCUCAACUCGCCGCGGCUGGCCGUGUCCGCCCGGGAGUGCGUGGCGCUGCACUUCGAGACGCUGGCCACGCAGGAGGACUUCCUGGAGCUGGGCCUGCGCGAGCUGCUGGCCAUCAUAGGCGCGGAUGCCCUCAACGUGGAGAAGGAGGAGGCUGUGUUCGAGGCGCUGAUGCGCUGGGUCCGCAAGGACAAGGAGAGCCGCGCCAAGACGCUGGGCGAGGCCUUCGACUGCGUGCGCUUCCGCCUGCUGCCGGAGAAGUACUUCCUGGAGAAGGUGGCGAAGGAUGACAUCGUCACGGCCGACCCAGAGCUCGUUAAGAAGAUCGCGCUCAUCAAGGACGCCUUCGGCGGGAAGCUCCCCGAGCUGAAGAAGGUGGAGGAGGGGGAGGAAGAGGACGCGCUGCCCGGGUUCCUCAGCGACCAGCGGCGUGUGGGCAUGUACAACAAGGACCUGCUGCUGAUGAUCAACGACGCGGUGGCCGUGGCGUACGACGGCGUGGAGAACGAGUGCUUCCUGGCAGCCGUGGCUGAGCAGAUCCCUCGGAACCACGAGUGCCUGAGGACCAGGAAGAACCAGCUUUACGUCCUGGGGGGGCUGUUUGUGGACGAGGAGGACAAGGACGCCCCCCUGCAGUGCUACCUCUACCAGUUGGACAGUCUGGGGGGCCAGUGGACGGCUCUUCCUCCCAUGCCCUCCCCAAGAUGUCUGUUCUCCAUGGGGGAGUUUGAGAACCUCAUCUUCGCUAUAGCAGGAAAGGACCUGCAGUCCGACGAGUCUGUGGAUACCGUUAUGUGUUAUGACACUGACAAAAUGAAGUGGAGCGAAACCAAGAAGUUACCGGUGAUGAUCCACGGCCACAGCGUGGUCUCAGAGAACGGGCUGGUGUACUGCAUCGGAGGAAAGACCGACGAAAACAAAGCGCUGAGCAAGAUGUUUGCGUACAACCACAAGAAGUCGGAGUGGAAGGACGUGGCCGCUAUGCAGACGGCCCGCUCCAUGUUCGGAGCGGUGGUCCACAAGGGACGGCUCAUCGUGGCGGGGGGCGUGAACGAGGACGGGCUCACCAACUCGUGUGAGGCCUACGACUUCGGGAUGAAUAAGUGGACGCCCUUCACAGACUUCCCCCAGGAGAGGAGCUCCGUCAACCUGGUCAGCUGCGGGGGGCUGCUCUACGCAGUGGGGGGCUUUGCCCUGGUGGAGCUGGAGAACAAGGAGUGUGGCCCCAGCGAGAUCACCGAUAUCUGGCAGUACGAUGAGGACAAGAAGGAGUGGACAGGGAUGAUCAAGGACAUGCGCUACGCCGCCGGAGCCAGCUGUGUGGCCAUGCGGCUCAACGCAGCCCGGAUGCCGAAGCUUUGAACCCAGCUGCGGGGCCAGAAGGCCCAAGCUGUGAGGCCCGCUAGACCUCUGAAGAAUGAAGUCCCGCCUCCGAGGCUCCUGGUUCCGUCGGACAAAUGUCUAGGGGUAACAACAUGGGGGUUUUCGAAUGACCGUACAUAACAAACUCUGUAGGUGGCGAAGAAGUAGAAGCUGCGUCACGUUUUGAACUCCACACUUUUUCCAUCUAGUUUCGACUGGGUUUUUGGAUUGUCGGUGCAGUUAAAGUAGUAAACUAUUAUUAAUGCUACGUUAACGGCACAGAAAAUCCAAAAACCCAGUCGAAACUAGAUGGAAAGGGUGCGUAGUUCAAAACGUGAUGCAGCUUUUACUACUUCGCCACCUACGGAGUUUGUUAUGUAUGGUCAUUCCAAAAGAACAUGUUAUUUCCCAUUAAACUGGGACUUCUGGUCACCCUAUCACAAGUGAUAAAAUAGCGUGGCAAGCCACUCAGCAAAAAUGUGCGUUUGACAACAAUGCGCGGGCCGCACUAACACCAGACUUUGAUGUCAAGUAGGGGGCCACAAAAUAUCAUCCCGCGGGCCUCAAUUGGCCCCCGGGCCGCGAGUUUGAGACCCCUGCAUUAGACCGAGGGAACCAGAGCCUCAGAGGCGGGACUUAUUCUUCAGAGGUCUAUGGGGCCAGGAAGGGUGACAGUCACAGGAGUGUAAUGUUGUAUUUCAUUUGACUGCGAGUUCCAUGUGGGUAUUUUAGUGCUGUUGAAUACACUGAUUUGAAUUCAGUUUGCCUUAUUUUAAUUUUGCUUUUU